AUGCUUGCAGGAUUCAUCUUGGGAUGGGACCAAAAGUCAGUUCGAAAGCGCUCAUUCUUUGAUCUGCAAGCCCCUCUCAUCCUCGCUCGUCUUGGCAUGAAGAUAGCAAGUAAAAGUCUUUUACUAGCGGCGCUCGCCGUCACGGCUGCCCACGCCGGUAGUCCAUAUCUGCGCUCAUCGGGCUCGGAAGGUCUUGAAGACGAGUUAAAUGAUUUUGAAAAUGAAGACAUGACUGUUAAAGGAGGCAAGACGAAACCUACGUCAGAUGACAUGUUAUCGGGAUUCAUUUCGGAUAAAAUUGACAUCUCAGACACUGCAUUAAGCAAUGACGCCACAAAGAAAAUGUUUUCGAAGAACAGCCCGAUCAUUACUGAUGUUAAUGCUGGUAGUACGGGUAAAGACGUGGAUGAACCUUUCCUUCAGAUGGAAGAUGCUCCGAUAGAGUCUACCACCAACAAAGAUGACGACACCUUAGCUAUGAAGUCGACCGUGUCGGAUGACAACAUUGGCGAUGGUAGUAUGACUGACAAUUUGGCAAACAAUCCAUUUCAGAUGGAAGAUGUUCCAAGUGAGUCUACAACAAACGAUGACGACGAUAGCUUAGCCACAAAAUCGGCUAUGACAGACGAUGACAAUGUAGUUGGAAGCAUGAGUGGCGACAAUCUUAACGAUUCAGUUUCAGAGGAUGAUAUCCGAGACUGGUUUCCCAAGGAGAUGUUAGGCCCGGACAAAGGCAUUUUUUUUGAGAAUAUGUUGAAAAACAUGCUUGACCCCAGCCGUGAGCAGAAGCCGGUCAAAAUUGGUGAUCACUCCAUCCUAUUCAGCGUGUCUGACGACGGUAGCGACGUGUCCAUGCAUUGGGAUGUUGUUCCGGAGGAUUUCACAGCUAAUAGCGACGACAACAGCUUGGCCGCGGAAUCAAUUGUGAUGGAUGAUAACAUUGACGAUGGUAGUAUGACUGACAAUUUGGCUAACAGUCCAUUCCAGAUGGAAGAUGUUCCAAGUGAGUCUACAACAAACGAUGACGACGAUAUAUUAGCCACAAAGACGGCCAUGACAGACGAUGACAAUGUAGCUGGGAGCAUGACUGGCGACAUUCUCGACAAUCCACUUCGGAUGGAUGAUGUCUCGGACGAGCCUAAUCCUGACGAAUUCAUGGGCUCGGACAGCGACCUUGAUCUAGAAAAAAUUCUCAAUACCGUCACUGACCCCAGUCGUGAGGUAAAGACGCCCAACUUUGACAACGACUUUGUCGCAUUAAACAUGGCUAACGACGGUAGCAACACUCCCCUUCAGAAGGAUGAUGUUUUGGAGGAUUCCACAAACAACAUAGAUGACGACAGCUUAGCUACAAAGCCGACCGUGACUGAUGACAACAUUGGCGAUGGUAGUAUGACUGAUAACAAUCCAUUCCAGAUGGAGAAUGUUCCAGAUGAGUCUACAACGAACGAUGACGGCGAUAUCUUAGCCACAAAGACGGCCAUGACAGACGAUGACAAUGUAGCUGGGAGCAUGACAGGCGACAUUCUCGACAAUCCACUUCGGAAGGAUGAUGUCUCGGACGAUCCAAAUACUGACGAAUUCAUGGGCUCGGACAGCGACCUUGAUCUAGAAAAAAUCCUCAAUACCGUCACUGACCCCAGUCGUGAGGUAAAGGCGCCCAACUUUGACGACCACUUUGUCUCAUUAAACAUGGCUAACGACGGUAGCAACAUUCCCCUUCAGAAGGAUGAUGUUUUGGAGGAUUCCACAAACAACAUAGAUGACGACAGCUUAGCUACAAAGCCGACCGUGUCUGAUGACAACAUUGGCGAUGGUAGUAUGACUGAUAACAAUCCAUUCCAGAUGGAAAAUGUUCCAGAUGAGUCUACAACAAACGAUGACGACGAUAUCUUAGCCACAAAAUCGGCUAUGACAGACGAUGACAUUAUAGUUGGAAGCAUGAGUGGCGACAAUCUUAACGAUCCGAUUUCGGAGGAUGAUAUCGCAGACUUGCUUCCUAAGGAGAUGUUAGGCCCGGAUAAAGGCGUUUUUUUUGAGAAUAUACUGGGUAUCGUGCUUGACCCCAGCCGUGAGGAGAAGCCGGUCAAAAUUGGUGAUCAAUCCAUCCUAUUCAGCGUAUCUGACGACGGUAGCUACAAUUCUAUUCGCUGGGAUGAUGUUCCGAAUGAUUCCACAACUAACAGCGACGACAACAGCUUGGCCGCGAUAUCAAUCUUGAUGGAUGAUAACAUUGACGAUGGUAGUAUGACUGACAAUUUGGCUAACAAUCCAUUCCAGAUGGAAGAUGUUCCAAGUGA